UCUCCUCCGCAAGCAACAUGAAGUACCAGGCCGUCCUCAUCUUUGCUCUCGUCUUAUGUAGCAGUCAAGGGCAAGGCCGAAAGUUGUGCGGACGAAAACUGUCCGACAUCUUAGGGUAUUUAUGCGCAAACCCGUUGACAAGUAAAGAAGAUUUGGACAGUUUUCAAAUGAAACGAUCCGAGAACUCUUACAACUCAAUAACCAAUGCUGUCGACUGGCCCUGGAUCCCACAUCAUAAAGCCAAGGGGAUUAGGAACAAGCGUGAAAUCAUCGAGGAGUGUUGCGAUAAGUCCUGCACCAUUGACGAACUCAUGGAAUAUUGUUAAAAUAUGCUAUAAACUUCAACAUAAGAUCAUUGUAGCAGAAUUGUAAAAUCUAUGUUAGCGAUGUUCUUAACGGGUUCCUAUGCAUGGAAAUAAAAUCUAGUUAUAAAUUAUGUUA